UCAAAAUGGCGGGCUUUCCUUUGGAAUAAAAUGUGAUAAACUUGCGUGAAAUAACAAUGUCUGACAAAGAGAGCGAUUGGAACGUACCAAGUAGUGACGGCGAAGAGGACAGUGCUGAAGCUGUACAAAGCCAGAGUGGAAAGGAACGGGAAAUUCCACUAAAUGUUUUGCGACUUUAUAGCGAGAUCGAGAAGAACGGGUAUUUAGAAUUGAAAGUUAAAGAAUACAGAAGCGGUGUAAACAACGUGGUCAGCGAGGCUAGAGAGCAAGAAAACGAAGAAGCUGAGGAACUUGAUGAGGCAACUGCUGAUAUUAAAACUACUGAAAAUGAUGAGACUCCGGCUGUUCCCGCAACAGAUAAAGAUAAAGCACAUGAACCCUCAGCAUUUGAUUACACUGAAGAGUCCAUAGAUGAAACAUCUCUUAUAACAAGAAAAAUUCCUAAGACUGAACGGUUACAAAGAAAAAGAGUUGGAACACUAGAGAAUGUCAUUUCUGAUUUAAAAAGAUUCAGAGACAUGGACAAUAAGGAGUCUACAGACACUGAUAAAAAUGCCAUUCCACCUGAAACAAGAGCUGCAGCAAAUGAAGAGCAAACAGAACCCCAGGAACAUGGUCAAGAACAAUAAACUUUUGUUUUUCUCAGAUGGUAUCUGGAAAAACAGUGCAACAAACCACAUUUCAUAGAAACCACAGAUCAGUCUAAAAUUUGUGGAAAUAUUUUAAUCAGAGGAGAAAUGUAUGAUUUUAACAAAGAAAUCAUACUGGCCAAAAGUCAGAUCAAUGUGAAAUUGGUUGAAGCUAUUGGAAAGUUGGGACAGAUAGCCAACAUUAAAUUUUUCUAGACUUGAGUCAGAAAAUGCAGAUAAAGGAAACAGUUUUAAUCCAUUAAUUACACUCCAACAUUAAUAUGGAUAUGUCCCAUACUAUUAUCUAAAAAUUUCCUAUGGAACCUACAGGGAGAAUCUGUGUGAUGAUCAAGAGCUUUUUCAGCAAGAGAUCAUUUCCUAUAUUCUUGUAUCCUUUGUUUGAUUCAUGGCUGACUCUGUAAGGAAAAAUUUAAUGUUGGUGACUUUAUGGUAUAAAAGGGUUUAAGGCUUAUGGGAGAUUUUUUUAUAAAAAUGUGAGAGAUGACAAAUCAUUAACUCUGGCAUCUCAAAUAUUAAAAAAGAAAUGUCAAACUUUGAAAGAAAACUCAACUUUUAAAUAAUACAUAAAUAUCCUAAGAAUGUUAACUAUAUGUAAUGAACCCUGAGUUGCUUUCAUCCAAACAAUAGAAUGAAGGUCAUUAUUGUGUGUGGGUGGGGAGGGGAAGGGAAAGCCAUUAGGCAUCUGAUGGUGGGAGAGGGAAAAUCACUAUUAGCUUGUUUUCAAUAAAACUCAAAAUGUUGCCAAUCGGUAAAGGAAAAACUCCCAAGAAGUUUUCAUGUUAUGGGGUAUUUUUUUUGUAAGUAAUAUAUACAUAAUUCCCAACAAUUUCUGGUUGGAUAACAAUGUGAAAAUGUUUCGUUUGAAUAAAAUUAAAGUGUAAAUAUACACAAAUUUUCCUUUAAUUAAUUAGGUUGAAGCUGUCACUAAUACUAAAUCAAGCUUAGGGAACAGGAUUAUUUUAUCCAAAGUUUUGCAGUGUAGAUGUUGUGUUAAAUGGGGAGAAUUUGUUGACUGCUUUAUUUAAAGAGUGCAGUGCUCUUUGAUUAAGUGUUGAAAAACUAAAACUUAAAGCAAUUGCAACAGCCAAUUAGAAGACAGGAAAGUGCCUUUAAGAGCCAAUGAGAUCUUAGAGUAAAAACAACCAAACUGCCUUAAGUUGGAAAAUUCAGGCGAUCAAGUGGAGAUUGGUUUCAGUUCCACAUCUGAUUGGUGAAGAGCUUCAUGCGAGUUUUCUUGACCAAUCACAGAGCAAAGUAAAGAAAAGCAAAUCAAAUGUAAUCUCAGAUUACUUUUGACACUGAAUUAAGAGUUUUUCUGUGCAUCCAAAUGGGAGGGCUGAAACAUCAGCUUUUCAAAAUUCACCAUAAUGAUUGUUCAGAGGUUUCAAUAAAGCUGCUGAUGGAGUAACAGGUGGCUGUGUCCAGAAAGACCAGAAAAAGGGCUGUAACGUGAAACCCAAACAAAAGCUCACUGGUAGUUGACAAACAACAAUUUCAUUUGCCUGCUUACAGAGUACAACAGUUUCAUUAGGAAGUUUGCGCACUAUUUCAGAAUUAUUUUCUCAUGUUUCAAUUAUUUAUUAAAAAUAUAACCAAGACACCACUAUACACCUAAGUCUCUUGUUGUACU